AUGUGCACGAAACUGAACCGCGUGCAGCGAACCAAGACGAAGCCUGAGAACGACGCGGAGCUGUGCGAGAGUUUUCUCAAAGGCCACUGCGAUUCUGGCAACGGGUGCCAGUACGUUCACGUGCCAAAGCAGUACCUGUGGCGCCUGCUGAGCCCCCAUGUAGACCCCAAGACGCUCUUCUACUACCCUGGCUUCAACAUACGCUGCUACACCCCUGACAUGAACGUGUACUACGACAUCCCUAGCGAGUUUAUCUACCAAACGAAAGGAAGUGACCGCUACGUGGAGCUCUUCAACGACAACGGCGACAACUUCAAGGACAAGUGCCGUCUGUGCCCAAGCCUGCAGUCCCACGGCAUGUGCGACAACAACGAACAAUGCGAUGACAUCCAUUGUGCUGUGGCAGACCUCGAUCAGUUUCCGCACAUUGCCACCCACCGCGCCACCAGGGAGGCUGUUGCCCGCUAUGAGCACAUGCCACCGGAGCUCAUUGUGCGCGUCUACCAACCUAACACACCAGGCGACGGCAUGGACUUCAACGGCGACGACGUUCUUCGAACAGCAGGCGCCACACAGUACGAGGACGCUUACGAGCAGACCGGCGGCAUUCCGGCGCUGAAGAUGCAGCAUUGUGCCCACUUCCAAACAAAGAAGCUGUGCCGCAUGGGCGACGGCUGCCGCUUCCUGCAUGUCGUCUCCGUUGCGUUAGCCAGCCCCGCGCCGGAUGAGGAGGCGUCGAUGCGCUCGUCGCCGGCCCCAGCAACGACAACGGCGUGUGCCACCAGCGCACCUAGCGCGGCCACCCCCACCCCCACCGCGGCGAAGACGCCCACAGCAACGGCGAUGAUAGUGACCAUGACUGCAGGUCGCCAGCUGCGCGAGGAGGACGUUGUGAUGAACGCAGCGGCUGAGAUGGCGGCGAUCGCGAUGGCCGCCGAAGAGCCGCGAUACACUGGCUCUCACGUGGACAGCACCGUACCACACGAUUCGAGGAACGGACACCCCCACAAGUACGGCACUCAGGCGGUGGUGCCGCAACAGCUGCAACCACAUCAGCAGCCGCAGCUGUAUCCGCCGCCGCAGCAACCGAACUCCAUCUAUCCCUACGGGCCAGUGUCGAUGGGAUCCAUGAAAGAGCGCGUCUCACCGGUGCAAUACCGCUCCAGCGGACGUCUAUCGCCUAUUAAGGUAGUCGUGACGCCGGGCCAAAUGGAGGGGGCGCCAGCGCAGCGCCUUUCGCCGAUAUCUCUGCCGAGUGGUGGCUCAUCUGGGACACCCACACAGCAGCCCCAUAGUCGCACCUCGCCGCUGCGCCGCAACAACCCUUACUCACUCUCGCCCUCCUCCACGAGCCUUAACUGA